GCGGUAUCAACUGAGGCAAUCCCGCCGCUCCAGUCUGCGAAAAAGAGCGCGCUCCGGCAGGCUCCGCCUUAUUUUCUCAGUGAGCAUGCGUGCGCGUACGUGAUUACGUAACAACCAAUCGGUGCCCACGUCGGCGUCUCGUUCACCGCAGAGGCGGGGCGGUCUUCUACACAUGCGCACGGGGGGCCUGGCCUUCUUUCUUCUCGCCGAACGCCGCCAGCAUGGUGUUCAGGCGCUUCGUGGAGGUUGGCCGGGUGGCCUACGUCUCCUUUGGGCCUCAUGCCGGGAAGCUGGUCGCAAUUGUAGAUGUUAUUGAUCAGAACAGGGCUUUGGUGGAUGGACCUUGCACUCAAGUAAGGAGACAGGCUAUGCCUUUCAAAUGCAUGCAGCUCACUGACUUCAUCCUCAAGUUCCCACACAGUGCCCGCCAGAAGUAUGUCCGAAAAGCCUGGGAGAAGGCAGAUAUCAAUGCAAAGUGGGCAGCCACAAGGUGGGCCAAGAAGAUUGAAGCCAGAGAAAAGAAAGCCAAGAUGACAGAUUUUGAUCGUUACAAGGUCAUGAAGGCGAGGAAAAUGAGGAACAGACUAAUCAAGCUUGAAGUCAAGAAACUUCAAAAGGCAGCUCUCCUGAAAGCUUCUCCCAAGAAAGCAGUUGCUGCUAAGGGGGCAGCUGCUGCAAAGGUUCCAGUGAAAAAGAUGACCACUGCGGGUAAGAAGGCUCCAGUCCAGAAGGUUCCUGCCCAGAAAGCUGCAGGCCAGAAGGCAGCACCUCCUGCAAAAGCUCAGAAGGGUCAGAAAGCUCCAGCCCAGAAAGCACCUGCUCCAAAGGCAUCUGGCAAGAAAGCAUGAGAGCAUAAGAGGUUGUUAUAAACAGAAUAAAGGUUCUUUUGACAUGCUGGCAAAUUUA